AUGGAUCGUGAAGGCCCCAUAAUACAACGUAUGUCCAUUGUGAGACCUUUAGCAUACCUUUUAGUUAUAUCUGAGCCAUCUCGGAAGUACUUGAGAGUCUCCCCAAGUCUGUCUCAUUUUGCUCAAAGUCAUCAGAGGUAUCUUCUUGGUACCAUCCUGAGACUUCAGACCCUGCGAGAAUAGAAAAAGGGUCUCGCGAUACCCUUUUUCUAUUCACCUAUGAUUUUGCUCAAGCGAGAAACUAAAGUUCAAACGCAAUCAUGGAAAAAUAUAUAAGCAGUAGGUACUUUUUCGAUAUCCUGAUACUUCUAUUCGCUCAACUAAGUUCUUUGAAAUAAUUUAAAAAAGUCGAAAGAUCAUAUAAAUUAUCAAAAAAGAGACUCGCCUUUGACCUCGAGUUCCCCGCCAGAAGCAAGAGGUCACUCUUGCCGAUAAACCUAUUAUUUUUUCUUUAAAUUUGUUUGAAAUCAACUAUAUAAGCAGUUUUUCUGUUUUUUCUAGGUCUUGCAAGACUUCUGCCCCUUUCCAGCAAGAUUUUUUAAAAAUUUACUCGUAAAUUCUUACGGUUCGUCUUUUCUCCCGCGUUCCAAUGCUUUUGAAUUUUCAGAAAAUGAGGCGACAGGGAUCGAUGGAAGAACUCAGAGACAACAAAGUCUACUUUAUAUUCGUCCCCAAGAUGUGGUUCUACUUUGAUUGUUUAGCCGCGUCCUAUAUCGUCCUCAAUUUCCAUUACUUUGGCGGAUUUACGCCGUUUCCCGUCGUCAUUUUCGCUUUGGAAGCUCUUGCUGUAUAUUCCAACAAUAUUUAUGCGAUUCUAUUCUUCCUUAUUUGGGAGCUGAUCGGUCUUCUAUUCUUAUUCUUCGUUCUACUUAUCGCGUUGGUCAUGUUCCUCGCCUACAUCGGCUACAGUUCUUUCGAGAAGUUCGUUUUUUUUUUCAAACCUGUUCAAAGCAAGCUCGUCCAGCCUUUUGUAUUAAAAAUAUAGAUGAAGCCUUUUCAAAAGCUCAACAAUCUUCAAAAAGCACUCAGCUUAAAAAAAAAAAAUGAAAAAAUAACUUUUCAGAAAAAUGAGUUUCGAAAGGGCCAAUACGCUUACGCUAUCUGUUGUCCUCAGCUUCAUGCUCCUUCUCACUUGCGUUACCUGGCAUUCGAUUAUGCUCCGCCGUAUAUACCGUCACACCAAGAAAACCAACGACCGCUAUGGUUUCAUUAUGGAAGACUGA